CUGCGCGCCGCGGGGCUCUGGAAGGGUCCGUAGCGGCGUGAGGCGGAGGGCUGCGCGCGCUCCCGCCGCUCCUGGCUGCGCGUGCCCGCGCGCUCCCCAGCCCCGCUGCUGAGAACGGGGCGGGGCGAGCGCGCGCCUCGGGCGGCGGCAGCGGCGCGGCUGGUUAGGCCCGGUGUGGGUGUUUCCUUCCCCCCCCCCGAGGCCCGCCGAACGGGGGCCAGGAUGAGCGGUGAGGACGGGAACGAGGAGUUCUACCGGCAGCUGCAGCUUCAGCAGCAGUACGACGCCGAGCCCAAGGGCGAAGGAGAGGCUGACCCCUUCACCUAUGUGGACCCGGCCGAUGGAGCCGCUUACGAAUGGGACCGGGAGAAGAAGGCCUGGUUCCCUAAGAUAACAGAAGACUUCCUGGCAACUUAUCAGGCCAACUAUGGCUUCAAUGCAGAUGAUACAAACAGUUCAUCUGCUUCUGGCACAGCAACUGAAAGUAAGCCACCAGUAAGUUCUAAGACCUCUGGCACCCAGCCAUCAGCAAAUGAGAAAGGACCACAACAAACAGACCCAAAACAAAAGUCUGAAAAGCGGAAGCUUGAGCCAGGAUGGUUUCAUGUUGAAGAAGACAGAAACACAAAUGUUUAUGUGACUGGUUUGCCUCCAGACAUCACAAAGGAUGAGUUUGUGCAAGUCAUGUCCAAGUGUGGCAUCAUCAUGCGAGACCCUCAAACAGAAGAGCACAAAAUCAAACUGUACAAAGACAAGGAAGGAAAUCUUAAAGGGGAUGGCCUCUGUUGCUACCUGAAGAGAGAAUCAGUUCCCCUUGCACUGAGACUUCUGGACGAGGCAGAAAUCAGAGGCUAUAAAUUGCAUGUUGAAGUUGCAAAGUUUCAGCUGAAGGGGGAGUAUGAUGCAAGCAAAAAGAAGAAGAAAUGUAAAGACUACAAGAAGAAGUUAUCUCAACAGCAGAAACAGCUGGAUUGGAGGCCUGAGAAGAAAGAUGGAGCAACUCGGAUGCGGCAUGAGCGCAUCGUUAUUAUCAGGAAUAUGUUCCACCCAAAGGACUUUGAGGAGGAUCCCUUGGUGCUAAAUGAGAUCAGAGAAGAUCUGCGGACGGAGUGUGAAAAGUUUGGUCAAGUAAAGAAGGUUCUCAUAUUUGAUCGCCACCCCGACGGCGUGGCUUCGGUGUCCUUCAAAGAGCCAACAGAAGCUGAUGUCUGCAAGCUGACCCUAAAUGGGAGGUGGUUUGGUGGCAGGCAGCUCAGUGCUGAAACGUGGGAUGGUGUGACAGAUUACCAGGUGGAGGAGACUGCAAGAGAAAGGGAAGAAAGGCUGAAGGUGUGGGGGUCAUUUCUAGAGGAUCCUGAUGCAAAGGAGCAGCAAACUGCGUCUGAUUCUGAUUCCACAACAAGCAGUGUGAAGCUGCCUGAAGGCGGACAGCCCUCAAAAGGGAACAGCACAUCUAAGGAGGAUGGAAAUGCUGAAGCCCAUAAGAGGGAGAAUAAUGGUGAGGGCAUUAACGAAGAUGGUGCUCCAUCUACAGACAGCAGCCUUGCAGGCAGUGAUGGUGAAGCAGACACAUAACAGCUUUAAUGCUUGAUGGAAGCAUGGAGUUUGAGGGUGAUGUUUAAGUUGAGUC